AUCAUGUAGUUGAACUUUUAAUUGUAAUGACAGAGUUGACACAUGUCAUUCAACGCAGUAAUGUAGACAAGAAAUUUUGUGUAUGUGUUAUCUAUGAAAUAAAUAAACUAGCAAUGAAUCAAACAGUAUAAAAUAUGCAGUUCGAAAAGUUAUGAAAAAAAACUCUGUGUAAAAUAGGUCACUUGGUGUAAACUAUGGCAUACUACUACGGAAGAAAAUGAUAAAUUCUACCCCUUUUCGGUGGUGAAAGUCCGCGAUGGGCUUUAUGCGAUUGGGGCUCCACAAAUGAAUAAUGCUUCGUAGGGCGAGCGUGAACAAGCAGUUUUUUGUGGCGCUACUGUCCGGCGUCGUAGUCGGUUUCAUUACCGCCUAUGUGAUCCUUUCACCAGAAAUUCUUUUUGUGGCCCUGGGAGACCCCCACACCAGCCAAGAAAUGGAGGCGGCCGCUGGUCCAUCAAUUGACCCGGGAGUACACAAGCAUGACGAAGAAUUUCAUCAAAUGGAAAAUACGACCGUUUCCGACUUGAUGCACAAGAAAAUACGAGUGUUGUGUUGGAUCAUGACAGGCCCUAGUAACCAUGAGAAAAGGGCGAAGCAUGUGAAGGCGACGUGGGGAAAGAGAUGCAAUAAGCUGCUGUUCAUGAGCUCAGAGAAAGAUGACACGUUACCGGCAGUAGCACUUCCUGUAAGUGAAGGACGCAACAAUCUCUGGGGCAAAACCAAAGAAGCUUUCAAGUAUGUUUAUCAAAAUCAUUUAAACGACGCUGAUUGGUUCUUGAAAGCAGACGAUGACACGUAUGUGAUAUUAGAAAAUUUAAGGUAUAUGUUACUCCCCUACAGCCCGAAGGAACCUAUUUACUUUGGUUGUAAAUUUCGGCCUUACGUUAAGCAGGGUUACAUGAGCGGGGGUGCUGGAUAUGUACUGAGCAGAGAAGCGGUAAAGAAAUUUAUCGAAGUAGGUCUUGGUAACUCUACCAAGUGUUCAAAAUCAAACACUGGAGCUGAAGACGUCGAAAUAGGAAAAUGUCUUGAAGCAGUUAGUGUAAAAGCUGGCGACUCCAGAGAUUCUUUAGGAAGAGGACGCUUUUUUCCUUUUGUUCCCGAACAUCAUCUCAUUCCGGGGCAUGUAAAGAAGAAUUUCUGGUAUUGGCAGUACAUCUACUAUGAGAGUAAAGAGGGUAUGGAUUGUUGUUCCGAUAAUGCAGUUUCCUUUCACUACGUCACGCCAAAUCAAAUGUAUGUAUUAGAAUAUCUAAUCUACCACCUACGUCCUUAUGGUAUUUCAUAUCACGUGGAUAUGCCACCAGAAUUACUCGAAUCGGAGCAACGCGAAAAAACGGAGCUGACUUCCUCAUAAUUUGCUCAAUUUUUGUUAUUAUUUUCGAACCUUCAAUCAUAGAAAUGACUAGUCGAUUGUACCAUUGUGAAACUAUUUGUGUGUGCGUUAUUCUUUACAACUUGCGCUUAAGAGUGAAAACAAUUCAAUACUCAUCAGUACUUCUUUUCAAUUGAAUUGUAGCGAAAUACUAGAGCAAGUUGCGGUUAUUUUUUAUAGAUUGCCAUAUUUUUCUAAUUAUUGAUAUUCUGUAUCGGGAGCAGGAAUCUCAUUGUCCUUAUCAAGGAAGUUACUAGAACGCGAUUAAGGAAUUAGUUGAUAAGAGUAAUCAAACAAAUAUUUACGGCUUUUUGUGCAUCACAAAUACAAUUAUAUUUUUUCUUAUUUUACUCGACCUAAGUUUUUGUAUACUGGCCAGUUUUAUGUGCCAUCAAAGUACGUACUGUAGUCAUUAAAGGAUAAAAGACGACUCAAUACGCAUAUUGUUGUAAUUUGUAGAUUUUAUUUAUUUUAAUUUUACUCAUUGUUCCUUUGUUACUUAAUGUAUAACUUCUUUAACGUUUAUAUUUCAUCUUUGCUAAUUUGUGGGUCUAUUCUUUCUGUAUAUAUCAUAACUGAUGAUGUGAAUUAUUCAUUUUUACGCUAGUCAUGUUAUCUAAUGUACAAGUAAAGUUGUUAUACAUUAAGAAGCUAAACUGCAUUUAUCAAAGCAUUUAUUACCGUCACAGUAAUCUUCAACUGUUUUUUGCCAGUGACAUUAAUAAAUGCAAUUAGCAGUUUAUUUGUCCAUAUACUCUCUACAUCAUUGUAUUCACAACAAUAAAAUAUAUACCUAUAUUUAAGAA